AAUUGGCUGGCGGGCUGGAUCUGGCCCGCGGGCCGUAGUUUGCCCCUGUCUGGUUUAACCUCUACUGUUGUCCCAUUGCAGGUGAGUUUCACAGAGAUCAGCCUGGCCGACCGGGAUGGUGACGGUGCCACGGCUAUGCACUUUGCCGCCAGCCGCGGCCAUGCCAAGGUGCUCAGUUGGCUGCUGCUGCACAGCGGCGAGAUCAUCACCGACAGCUGGGGCGGAACGCCGCUACACGACGCUGCCGAGAAUGGGGAGCUGGAGGUGUGUGUGUGUUUGUGUGUAUGUUGCCAGUUUUUAAUGCGCUACCGCAUAUAAGGAGUUGGUAGGUAGUGGAUUACAUUUGUCCACAGAACAGUCUGAGAUACUGGGGCCGGUUGUAAAAAAAGUUGGUCUUAAAUGCGUAGCUACGUCCGACAUUGUGAUCCGAAUUUAUACCUGUUGCACCAACCAAAAAUAAGACUAGUCGUAGCCAUACAGAUUAGAAAAUAGUUUGGAAGAGAUUUUUGAUGUACUGAUUCCAUGGUACAGGGUGUAUGAGUUGAUAUAUAAAACGACGCAAGAUUCAAGACUUCGUGCUUUUCAGCAAAAAUUAUUGUACAGAAUUCUUGCCACCAACAAAAUGUUGAAUAUUUGGGGCAUACAAUCAUCGCAGUUCUGCAGAUUUUGUUGUGAGGAUACAGAAUCAAUUGACCAUUUUGUUUUUGUAUUGCCCUCAAGCCUGUUUCUGGUCUCAGGUUCAGGAAUGGCUGAAAAUGCAUAACACUGAUCUAAAAUUGACCCUAGAAAUAGUAUUUUUGGGAGAUCUGGAGAGACUGGUUCAGACAAUUACUAAUAUACUAUUACUCCGAGUAAAAGAUUCAAUUCGAUUAGAUAGAUUCAAAUUGUAUGUUAAACAUCACAGUAUAGUUGAAAGAUAAAUGGUGCAUAGAAAUCCGAAGAGGGUGGCCAGCAGAGAUAGGUGGGAAGGGCUGAGGGAAGCUGAUGUGACGAAUACUGAGUAUACGAAGAGGCAGGAUGCAAAUGCAGGAAUUAACAAGGUAAGGUUUUACUUAACAAUAAGAAAGAGAAUAACAAAGAGCGAGUAAACGACAUGACGCUAACAAUUACACACAACAAUGAACGAACAGUCCAGGGCUAUAUAGUGGUGGUGAUGAGGUGCAGGUGCGCUGGAGGUGAUUAGGGUGUGUUGGGUUUCCAUUUCUGUGUUUGCCGAGAUGGUGCGCUCAGACCGGUGGCUCAGUAGACCGGCGAAUCAGAGCGCCAGAGGGGAGCAAUGGGAGGAGACGUGACAGUACCUCCCCUCAGACGCGCGGUUCCAGCCGCUGGACGUCGCCGGCCAGGAGGGCGACCCUGAGGACGAGGAGCGGGCCAGUCAGGGCGGCGACGGUGGAAGUCCUGAAUUAGGUUGGGGUCCAAAAUAUCCCCAGCCGGAACCCAGCUCCUCUCCUCAGGGCCAUACCCGUCCCAGUCCACCAAGUAACGGAGCCGUCCCCCACGAAACCUGGAGUCCAGCAGAUCCCUCACAGCAUACGCCGGACUCCCGUCAAUGUCCAGGGGCGGAGGGGGUGUACCCCGGGGGACAGCAUCUGCCAGAGGACCAGGAACCACUGGCUUGAGGAGAGACACAUGAAAAGUAGGUGAGACACGGUAGUGAGGGGGAAGGAGCAGCCGGUAUGACACCGCAUUAAUCCGCCGGAGGACCUUAAACGAACAAACCGGGGGCUCAGUUUCUUGCAGGGCAGGCGGAAAGGGAGGUUUUGAGUGGACAGCCAGACGCGAUCACCAGGCUGGAAUACGGGAGCGAAACUGCGGUGGUGGUCAGCUUGGUCCUUCUGCCGACAAAUGGCCCUCUGGAGACGGACAUGGGCGGCGUCCCAGACCCAGACCUGCGAAACCACUCAUCGACAGCGGGCGCAUCAGUCUGGCUGGGUGUCCAAGUGGCCAGGGCCGGCUGCUACCCCAGGACGCAUUGGAAGGGAGUGAGCCCUGUGGAGGAGUGAACGAGGGAGUUCUGGGCAUAUUCUGCCCAGGGAAGAAACCUCGCCCACUCACCCUGCCGGUCCUGACAGUGGCAACGAAGAAACCUCCACAGCUCCUGGUUCAUGCGCCAUCUGCCCAUUUGACUGAGUCCUAUACCCGGAAGUGAGGCUGGCCGUGGCCCCGAUCUUCUCCAGGAAAGCUUUCCACACUCGGGAGGUGAAUUGGGGGCCACGGUCCGAGACGAUGUCCUCCGAAAGUCUAUAGUGCCGGAAGACCUGUUGGAACAGAACCUCAGCGACCUGGAGAGCAGAAGGAAGACCAGUUAGUGGCAAAAAACUGCAUGAUUUUGAGAACCUAUCUACGACCACCAUGACUGUGGUGAAGCCAUCAGAACGUGGGAGGUCGGUGACAAAGUCUAUGGACAGGUGUGACCAAGGUUGCUGAGGCACUGGUAGAGGAACUAGUUUGCCUGCCGGGGCGUUCCGAGGUGUCUUCGUUUGGGCACAUACAGAACAGGAGUUGACAUAACGAGAGACAUCAGAAACCAAGGUGGGCCACCAGUAUUUUUGUGCUAGAGAAUGCAGGGUGCACGUAAUACCGGAGUGCCCUGCUGUAAGGGUGGUGUGUGCCCAGAUCAGCAGGCGGUCAUGGACACUGGUGGGUACAUACACGUGCCCCGGAGGGGCGUUGGCAGGCGCUGGGUCCUCCCAAACGACAGGUGCAACGAUGAGAGACAGGGGCAGGAUAGGACCCCCCCAGAUCCUUCCUCUCUCCAGUAUGGUGCAUCCUGGAGAGUGCGUCGGCUUUCACAUUCUGGGAUCCUAGGCGGUAGGACAGAAUGUAUUGAAAGCGAGUAAGAAAAUUGGGCCCACCUGGCUUGACGAGAGUUCAUCUGUUUCGCUGCCCGUAUGUGCUCCAAAUUCCGGUGGUCAGUAAGAAUCCGGAAUGGAUGGACUGUGCCCUCCAGCCAGUGUCCACCGCAAACAGCUCCCUGUCUCCAACUCCAUAGUUCCUCUCUGCGGGGGUAAGCUUUUUAGAGAAAAAGGCACAGGGAUACAUUUUCUCUGGCUUACCGUACCGCCGGGAGAGGACCGCACCCACGCCCUCCUCCGAUGAGUCCACCUCCAGGAUGAAAGGACAAGAUGGAUCUGGGUGUUUUAGGAUGGGCGCUGUGGUGAACCUUUCCUUCAGCCUCUGGAAGGCAGCUUCAGCCUCAGGGUUCCAGGCCAGCUUCUGAUGCCCACCCUUAAGGAGAGAGGUGAGCGGGGCGGCUAUGGAGCUGAAGGACCUAAUGAAAUGCCGGUAGAAAUUGGCAAAGCCCAGGAAGUUCUGUAGGCCCUUGAUGGUGGUGGGGACUGGCCAUGAACUGACGGCGUCCGUCUUCGCUCUUUCCAUGAACACCCCCUGAGGACUGAUCCUGUAUCCCAGGAAGGAGAUGGCCUGUUGGUGGAAUUCACAUUUCUCCCCCUUCACCAACAGGCUGUGUUCCCAGAGGCAGAGUAGGACAGCUCUGACGUCCCUGACGUGCUCCUCGAACGUAGCCCUGUAGAUCAGGAUAUUGUCGAUGUACACCACCACCUGUCUACUCAGCAUGUCUCGGAACACGUAAUUGAUGAAGGACUGUAACACAGAAGGUGCAUUGGCAAGGCCGUAGGGCAUGACUCCAUAUUCAUAGUGGCCUGAGGUAGUGCUGAAUGCCAUCUUCCACUCGUCUCCUUCCCGGAUUCAGAUCAGGUUGUAGGCACUCCUCAGGUCCAACUUGGUAAAGUCCCGACUCGAUGGCCGACGGAACAAGAAGGUGGGGGUACCGGUACUUGGUGGUGACUGCGUUCAGCCCCCUGUAGUCAAUGCACGGCCUCAGUCCUCCGUCUUUUUUGGCCACGAAGAAGAAGCUGGCGGAGGCAGGAGAGGUAGAGCGUCUGAUGAACCGCUGUUUCAGGGUCUCCGCCACAUACUUCUCCAUGGCCUCAUUCUCCGCCAUGGAAAGGGGGUAAAUGCGACUCUUCGGGGGGUGUUGUCCCUCCAGCAGGUCAAUGUUGCAGUCCAAGGGCCUGUGAGGAGGGGAAAAACGUAGCCUUUGAUGAAGAGAAGACAUCAGAGAGAUCUGCAUACUCACGUGGAAUGUUGGGCUGCAGGCCGGACUCCGGACUCUCCACUGACGUGGAACAACAAACCACCAGCAGGCAGGUCUUCGGCAUGAGGGGGACCAGGCUAUGAUCCUCUUGGUGAUCCAAUUGAUGGUGGGGUUGUGUAGUCUGAGCCAGGGCAAUCUCAAGACGAUCCGGUGAAGGGGUGACGUGACGAUGUGGAAUGACCGCUCUUCGUGGUGAUCCGGUAGUGUGGGAAUGGUGAUGGUAUUGGGGAGAGUGACGUGCGUAAUGGUGCAUGAUCCAAGUGGUUUAUUGUCCAGCGAGGUGACGUGUAGCAGAGAAGGCAGUGGCAUGGUGGGAAACCCCCAUUCAGAGACCAGCUCCAUAUCUAUAAGGUUCCCCUCUGAUCCGGAAUCUAUCAUUGCAGUGGAAAUGGAAGAGAAGGAAUAACCAGUCAUCGUUAUGGGAACUAAAAACAAUGGUUUUGUGAUAGGAGAUGACGUAACACUCACAGAGCGGCUACAGGAGUCAUACCGCCUAGAUUGGGAGCCGCCAGGAGAUCUGUGGUCCGUGGUGGUGUAGGGGGUGCUGCCCACCUCCAUGGGUGAGGACUCUGAGGCAGGUUUGCUUCCAUAGCUCAGAUGGGGUGAGCGUCAAGGCACCGGGAGGUGUUGGGAACACCGUCUGUCUCUCAACAUGUCGUCAAGACGGAUGGACGUGGCGAUGAGGGUAUCAAAGUCCAUCUUGUCGCCCCGACAUGCAAGUUCCGUCUUGAUAUCCUCCCGUAACCCUCUUCUGAAGGCCGUGCGCAGAGCACGAUCAUUCCAGCCGGAAGACGCCGCCACCGUGAGAACUCAGAGCGUACUCGGACGUGGGCCACUCUCCCUGUUGUAGCUGGAUGAGACGCGCACCCCGUCCUUUCCCUCCGUGGGAUGAUCAAACACCGCCCUGAACCGAGCGAGGAAGGUGGAGUAGGGAAGGGCCACGGCCUCACCUCCUUCCCAGACUGCCGUGGCCCAAUCAAGCGCCUUUCCUUUAAGUAGCGAAAUCACCAGCGCUAUCCUGGCUUGGUCAGAUGGAUAUGCCCCAGGCUGAUGCGCCAGAUAACGUGAAACUUGUAGCAGGAAGCCGCUACAUUUAGUAUUUUACCGUCAUAGCACUCCGGUAGGGCGAGGGUUCCCUCAGAAGUGGGUGAUGGUAGGGAACAGGUGGAUUGGGUGCACUCGCCGCUCCCUGAGGUGGAACCGGAGCGCUGGGCAGAUUAUGCAGAGUUUGGAGCACUUCCUGCAUGCCGGCGAUUAACAAGGCAAAGUGCUGUUGGUGCUGGUCGAGGCACUGGGAAACUCCUGCUGCAUCCAUUUUCGUGAGUGGUGUGUAAUUCUGUGACGAAUACUGAGUAUUAGAAGACGCAGACGCAGGAAUUAACAAAGUAAGGUUUUACUUAAUAAGAAAGAGAAUAACAAAGAGCGAGUAAACGAUUCCACACAACAAUGAACGAACAGUCCAGGGCUAUAUAGUGGUGAUGAUGAGAUGAUGAGGUGCAGGUGCGCUGGAGGUGAUUAGGGUGCGUUGGGUUUCCAGUCCUGUGUUUGCCGAGGUGGUGCGCUCAGACCAGUGGCUCAGUAGACCGGCGAAUCAGAGCGCCGGAGGGGAGCAACGGCAGGAGACGUGACAGCUGAGGGUUGGGAUGUGGAAUUGGAGACAAGUGGGAGUGGAGUUGCUGGGCGGGAGAUAGAAUGAUGGUCAAAGAUAAAAGUCCAAAUAAAACAUAACAAAAAGUAAGUUUGAAUGACACUGAGGGGCAGUGUUGUUACAGCUAAUACCUGUUUGCCUGAGGCUGAUGCCGUGAAGGUGUUUUGUGCUUUGGGGGACGGGGGCAUUGGGGGGGACGGGGGCUUUGGGGGACGGGGGCUAGGGGGGGGGGGGACGGGGACUUUGGGGGACUGGGGCUAGGGGGGGACUGGGGCUUUGGGGGACGGGGGCUGGGGGGGGCGGGGGCUUUGGGGGACGGGGGUCUUUGCGAUGGGGAAUGGAAUUAUUAUUAUUUUCUCGGGGGGAGCUUGGGCCGGUGGCUGAUGGGUCGCUGGUUCGGGUCCCCGUUUUUGACCUUGUGGGAGAUCUGUCGACGUACCCUUGAGCAGGGCGUUGACCCUGGUUGCUUCUGUGGGUCGCUCUGGAUGGGAGUCUGUUAGAUGACUAAUGUGGUGUAUAUGUUGACUGCAAGUAGAUUGUAUGUUUUUAAAUAUUCAAUAAAAAAUAAAAGACUAGUCGUAGCUGUCCGGCGUAAGCAAUGCACUUUCAUGAGAUUUAUGGUUUCUAGGCAACGUCCAUUACUAGGCUGUUACCAGCCUAGUGGCAAUUCUAAACUUUGCGAGGCAUGUCACUUCGCCCAUCACUUUGCGUAGCCCACGACUAUGCAUGCACGUUUUCUUAACCACAACUGGAUGGAUCGAUAAAGAAUUACUGCGGGAAAUGGAAUUAAUAUCACUGAAUGACGAAAAUAUUGGAAUAAAGAAGCUAAUGCAAUAGAAAGCAUGUAUCAAAUUAUUGCUUACUGAAACUCCCAAAGUUAUCCAACCGUUAAUAAAUUAAAGCAAUAGCCAUGUGUGGAAUAGAUGAUAAUUUCAGCACUGUUUGGAUUGAGACAGCGCCAUUGCGCUGCUUUGAUAUUUGGUUACAAUUAGGUUGGGAAAAUGUUAGCUAAGUUGAGGUGGGUGCUCAUGAUCAUCUUGUCUAGUUUGCACAUCUCAACAAGUGGAUUUUUUUUCUCUUUACUUGCAUAGUAGCCUACUCGACCAAAAGCCCAUGACUUUCCUAAUCAAUUAAUGUGAUAUAAUCUGUCUGUAUAUUUGGUUAAUUGAUCUCUGGCUGGGCAAAUAAGUGGAGGUGAUAGCUCAUCUAUUCAUUGGCUCAUCUAUUACUGAUCAGAAUCAAACAUUUAGCCUAAAUCAAGUGUAGGCUAUUAUUUACUGUUGACUCACAUACAGUGAGGGAAAAAAGUAUUUGAUCCCCUGCUGAUUUUGUACGUUUGCCCACUGACAAAGACAUGAUCAGUCUAUAAUUUUAAUGGUAGGUUUAUUUGAACCGUGAGAGACAGAAUAACAACAAAAAAAUGUCAAAAAUGUUAUAAAUUGAUUUGCAUUUUAAUAAGGGAAAUAAGUAUUUGGUCUUGGCCAUGGUGGAGAGUUUGGAAUCUGAUUGAUUGAUUGCUUCUGUGGACAGGUGUCUUUUAUACAGGUAACAAGCUGAGAUUAGGAGCACUCCCUUUAAGAGUGUGCUCCUAAUCUCCGCUCGUUACCUGUAUAAAAGACACCUGGGAGCCAGAAAUCUUUCUGAUUUCCCUCAUUUAAAAUGUAAAUCAAUUCAUAACAUUUCUGACAUGCGUUUUUCUGUAUAUUUCACAGCCCGCAUGCUUUUGAAAAUAUAGAUUGCUGUAAAUUUUUAUGCAUAUCAUGAUGGUCGUCCCAAUUUCACACCCUACACCUGCUCCCUACUAGGGUAUAUUAACGGAAGUAGCGUUACGACCCACUUACUGGUGCAACCGGCACCUGAAGUCUAUGAGGCUGCUGAUGUCACACUUGUAGCAGAGGUCAGUGACUGGCAGCUUCUGACUCUGGUGUACAGAGGGAUCUGUAGGAGGGGACAAGAAAUUGGGUCAGUGGGUUUAGACACCCGAUAGGGCUGUGAAGCAUGCGUUUGUGCGCUUACACAAUGCACUCCCUUUAGAGAUCGCAAUCUGCAGUGGUUGACAUUAGCUGGUUGACUCGUACGUAUAGAAAUUGGUGUGGUGUUUGGCCAAUGAGCGUAAUGCCCAACCAUUAGCAGGCCCAAGAAGAUCUACUGUAUGUAUUUUUGAAGAGUUAAAGUAUUUGGAAGAUGGGGGGGGAGGGGAGUCAAAGGGCAGUGGGCCGUACUGUAUGUGACGAGAGGGGGUAGGAAGGCAGAGGGAGAGAGGCUAGUCAAGACACCAAGGGCGACAGGAAUAACGAACAGAAACUAGCCAAGUGAGAGCAGCAAGUUGAGAUUGUCUCCCUUCCUAAGGUUAGACGCCUCACAGCUGUUGUGAGAACUGUCUCUCUUUACAACUUCCCACACAGUUAUUUUUGUGAUGAGCUGACCUCUCUGUCUUUGUCACUGUCUCUGUCUUCCUCUGUCUCUUUUUUCAUGUUUCUGACUGUCUCACUCUCCUUCUCCCAACUCUCGCUCUUUCUUUCUUUCUCUCUCAGUGCUGUCAGAUCCUGGUGGUGAACGGGGUGGACCUGGGCAUACGGGACCAGGACGGCUUCUCCGCGGCUGACCUGGCAGAGUACAACGGGCACGCCCAGUGUGCCAAGUACCUGCGCACUGUGGAGAACAUGGUGAGAGACACGGGAUGUAUUCGUUAG